UCAUAAAAUAGCAUUCACAUUGUGAACCGAGACCACAAGUUAUAUCUGGUGUUUAAAACGAUUUUCAGGGAAAAUGGCUUCAGAAACAGAACAAGCCUGUGUUUCUUGCAGAAGCUUGGAUGUGAGUUUUCCACGCCCUAUUAAUCAAGGCCAUCCCCCAUCGUUGCUGACUUCUGGUGAAGCCCCUGUUAUUACACAUGCUGUUCAGUACAAAAGAGUCCCCACUGGAGCUGAUUGGGCCCGGCAGGUUUGGUAUACUGGGAUGACCAACAGCUGGCCUACAGAAGCAUAUAAGACAUGGCUGCAUUAUUACCAGCAAAGGGAAGAGGAGAAUUUGCCAAAAGCCUAUGCCCAACAUCUGAGGGAAGCUUACUGCCAAGAUCCCACAAUGCCAGCCCAGUACCUCCAUUCAGACACCAGGUGGGGAGCAUUUCAGUGGAGAGACAAGCUGGUACCUGGGAAGGAAUUUGUGGUUGACCGCCACAAGACCAGUAAUCACUGACCACAGUGCCCUACAUUAAUGCAAGAAGUACACUUUGCGGUGAGAGACAUACAUCCAGCGACACCUUGUCCUGUGUCAGUCAAUCCAUAUUACCUAUUAUUUUACAGAUGAGAGGCAGCAUUGUUUACUUAAUUCUGUAGCGUUUGUGUUUGUUACUAGAACCCUGGACUAAAGUAUAGUAAAGUGAGCCUUUCUUUUAUCUUUAGGAAAACUGUUUGACCCUUAAUUGUAAUUUGCAGCCCCAUAAGAUAGUGCUGGUCAUCUUAUCUGAAAAAACACCUAAGGUGAUGGCAUUUUACCGGGCAUCUUUUGAAUUUAGUAAAGAUUUACUACAAUAACUGGAUUUUUUAAUUACAGUAAGUAUCAGUGUGAACAGCCCAUGUGAUAUCAGUUAUAUGGCAUAAAGUAUGGUACAAGUCUGUAUCCCACACAUAGAGUAUUAGGAUUACUUAUGCAUAACUUUUUCAGUUGUCCAGGUGUUCUGCUUGUUUGACUGCUCAUAAGUAUUUAUAAGAAAUAAAUACAAACACAUAAAGUUGUGUCACUUUCAUUUUGAUAUCACAGGUAUGUUAAUCAUGUCAGCAGGUAUGUUAAUCUUGUCAGCCUCUCAAGCUUUUCGUUUGAGAUUUAUGGAUCAUACAGCUAUGUAUACCCUGAACACUUAAAAAAGAUAGCUCCACAUAUCUCUUUAUAAACUAUUCCUAUGAUUGUAUAUUUAUCUACUUACACAGCCUAAAAUUUCUGUUGCUAUUUCAUUUACAAAAUGUAUUUCACUCACAAACAUCUUCAGGUAUGCAGAUUUUGUAACAAGAUAUGUUUAAAUAGUAAGAUGUUAAGUUGUCAAUCUCGCCUUCAUUCUUGCUGGAUGGGUUUGGAGCCGACCCUCGGCUCCGACUCGGCCUAUACUAAAGCUCGAGAGCUAUUUAUACCAGCUUGAGGCUACCCUAUGUCCCACAAUGCUAGGCGCUAACUACCCAGAUCUCGUUUGCCACUUACAGCUGCGAGGUGCGUUUAUUACCGGCUUUUCAGGUUAGAAGUUAUAAUUCUAAAAUUUUUAUCUUUUAGUCAGAUUUUUAGUUAGUUUUUCGUUAACGACCAUCUCAUUAGCUUCCCUUCAUAGCUAAUCCCCCUUCCGGUUCCUUUUAAUCUUUUUCCUAACCCCCUUUAGUUAUAAGGUUAGGCCUUUGGGCCUAUUCUGCUCUUAACUUGUCAGUUUAAUUUUUGUGUGACUGACUUUGCUGUUUUAAAGGGUGUCUGUGUGUGUGUGUGUGUGUGUGUGUGUGUGUGUGUGUGUGUGUGUGUGUAUUUUUUGUACUUUAGGAUGUCAAAGGACACCAGGGUCUUAGGCUUCAAGACGUGUGACUCGUGCUGUCAGAAAAUGUCGCUGACAGACGGUCACACUUCUUGUGUUUAUUGCCUGGGCCCU